UGGAAGUGAAAGUGAAUGAAUGCUGCAGGCUUAAUUAGAGAGGAGGUGUUCGCCUGCGCCAGUCCCUCCGACGCCGCCGCGCUCCACAGUCGCGCCGCAGCCACGCGCUACUACCCGCUACCUCACCUCCGACACCGCACCACUUACAAGCCGAGGAUGAGCCGGCACGUUUGCCUGGCGGCCGCCGCCCUGUUGGCCGUGCUCUGUGUGGCCGAAGCACAGCGGAGACUUGCCCUGCCUGACCCUAGAAGCUGCGCUAACAGAGUCCGACACUCGACGUACCGGGACGCGCGAGGAGUGCUGCACUCGUACUUCUUCAGCUGGGAGCACGCGCCCACCCGCAACCUGGAGGUGGACUGGCUCGACGCCAGGAACAUCUGCCGUCGCCACUGCAUGGACGCCGUCUCCUUGGAGACGCCGCAGGAAAAUGAAUUCAUAAAGCAAAGGAUCGCUCGCGGCAACGUGCGGUUCAUUUGGACGUCGGGCCGCAAGUGCAACUUCGCGGGCUGCGACCGGCCCGACCUGCAGCCCCCGAACGUCAACGGCUGGUUCUGGUCGGGCUCCGGCGCCAAGAUCGGGCCCACCACGCAGCGCAACACCGGCGACUGGUCCUACACCGGCGGCUACGGACAGCAGCAGCCCGACAACAGGGAAGCUGCCCAAGGUAACGACGAGUCGUGCCUGUCGAUCCUCAACAACUUCUACAACGACGGCAUCAAGUGGCACGACGUGGCGUGCCACCACGUCAAGCCGUUCGUGUGCGAGGACAGCGACGAGCUGCUGAACUUCGUGCGCUCGCGCAACCCCAGCCUGCGUCUAUGAGCGACCCCACCCUCCGCACCUCUCGCCUUCUAACGCAUUAGAUGGCUGACGUUGUACAAAAACAUGUGGCUAUUACGGCUAUCUAUAUUUAAGUUAUUUAUUAAUUUAACAAUCGCGACUCACUUAUCUGCAUGGUAUCUUACCAUAUCGAGUGAUCUACUACACGGCUUUCCGAAGAGUAAAUAAUUUAUGUUGUGACAGUCAGUAUUGUAUUUAUGUUUAAUGAAGCUGUGGUCCAAAUUUUAUUCUCGUAGGAAAAUCACUGUCGCAACCUGAAGGUCAGUCAUCUUCUCUUUGGUACCUUGUAUUUUUUCACUGAAUAAGUAAUACUUUGUAAAAAGUCUUAUUUUGCACAAAAUAGGAAUAACUUAUAGGUAUUAGAAUAAAUAAAUAAUAAUGCCAA